CUGGCAGGGAUUGGCAUGGCAGAGAUUGGCAUAGCAGAGAUUGGCAUGGCAGAUGUCGUCCUGUCUGUCAGAACUUCUGUUUUGCCUGGUGGAGGAUGGGUAGGCACAAUGAAGACUGACGUGUGUGUGUGUGUGUGUCUCCUCUCCAUAUGUUUGUCUGUCUCCUCCAGGAGUGCCAGUUUCUCCCAGGUACAGCACAGUAGCAAUCUGUUUGUGGGCAGUGACUCGGCGGUGCAGAAGUUCUCCCAUGGUUUCUCUCACUGUCUGAACGGGAUGGGCGCCCAGCUGCAUGGCUUCUACAGCCUGCCCAAACCUGGCAAGCACCAACUGGCCUCUGCGGUCGGGCCCAGGUCCUCCACACGGCCAGACUCCCCCCAGGAGGGCUACGUGCUACCCAGGGGGUACAGCUCUGAGGGGCCCUCAGAUCAUAGUCGCCUGGGAGACAUGGAUCAACAGGAGAAUGAGGAGCUGUACACCUUCAAGACGCCUUGCAACACCCUGGCCACCGGCAACGACCGUAACCACAGUAACGACCGACACAGCAAUGACCAUAACCACAGCAACGAGCGUAGCAAUGACCGGCAGACUGACAACUACGACCUCCCGACCCCGCCCGGAUCGUUCUACCAGAUCCCCGGACUGGACCCCUCCACGGCCCCCAAGCCCAGCCAGGGGUCAGAGAGCAGGGGCUGUCUGGGGUCACUGCAGAAUGGAGAGGUGACCACGACUGUGUCGGUUAUACCCAGGAGGAACACUCUGCCUGCCGUGGAGAACAGCAGGUUACAUCGAGGGUGUUCAUUUGAGACCAGCAGCCAUCACCGUCCGAUCUAUUUCAACAACCAAGGCCAGUCUGUGGAGUGUGUCAACGAUGGCUUCAGUUCUUACCUGCACGCUUCGGACAGCGGCGACUCGGAGGACAACUAUGUGCCUAUGAACCCAGGCUCAUCUCCCCUCAACGCCGCCCAGGCGGACAGCCCCAAAAAUAUCUACAUCCCCAUGAGCCCCGGGCCGCACCACUUUGACUUCCCAGGGUUCUCAGCCACGCUACCUGCCCGGAAGGGAAGUACCGGCUCUCUGUGUCACCGACCGGGGAGGCUGAGUGACGUCACACCACCACCUAUAAAUCGCAACCUCAAACCCAACAGGAAAUCCAAGCCGACACCUCUGGAUCUGAGGAACAAUGGCAUCAUUGAUGAGCUCCCAUUUAAGAGUCCAAUCACCAUGUCCUGGACACGACCCAUGCCUAUGAACUCCGGUGGCAUGUCCUCCCAGCACUGUAGACCCAUCUCCACCCAGAGUAUCACCAGCACUGACUCCGCAGACAGCGAGGAGAACUACGUAGCCAUGCAGAACCCAGCGUCUACCUCCCCAGCAGUGAGUGGUACCAGCAGCCCCGCCCCUAGGAAGUGUGGCAAUGUGGACUACUUGGCUCUGGACUUCCAGCCGGGCUCCCCCAGUCCACACAGAAAGCCGUCUACGUCCUCGGUGACAUCUGAUGAGAAGGUGGAUUAUGUCCAGGUGGACAAGGAGAAGACGCAGGCCCUCCAGAACACCAUGCAGGAGUGGACAGAUGUCCGACAGUCCACCGACCCCGCCCCUAAGACUGUAAAGUCCUGACAGUAACCAUGGGGAAGACACAGCGCUCUGACCUUACCUCAUGUCAAGACAAGCAUCUCCUAUAGGAUGUUACACUGUUACUGACAGAAGUCAGUUUGAGGAGUGAAGGAACAUUUAUGGAUGGCGGAGACACAGAUUACCUCUGUUGGACAGGCUAAAAUUACUUGAGGACUGAAAUGAGGACUAAAAUGAGUUGAGGACCGAAAUAAGGACCGAAAUGAGGACACAAAUGAGUUGAGGACUGAAAUGAGGACUAAAAUGAGUUGAGGACUGAAAUGUGGACUAAAAUGAGUUGAGGACCGAAAUAAGGACCGAAAUGAGGACACAAAUGAGUUGAGGACUGAAAUGAGGACUAAAAUGAGUUGAGGACUGAAAUGAGGACUAAAAUGAGUUGAGGACCGAAAUAAGGACCGAAAUGAGUUGAGGACUGAAAUGAGUUGAGGAUUUAAAUGAGUUGAGGACUGAAAUGAGGAUUUAAAUGAGUUGAGGACUGAAAUGAGGUGAGGGACUGAAAUGAGGAUUUAAAUGAGUUGAGGACUAAAAUGAGUUGAGGACCGAAAUAAGGACCGAAAUGAGGACACAAAUGAGUUGAGGACUGAAAUGAGGACUAAAAUGAGUUGAGGACUGAAAUGAGGACUAAAAUGAGUUGAGGACUGAAAUGAGGACUAAAAUGAGUUGAGGACUGAAAUGAGUUGAGGACUGAAAUGAGGACUAAAAUGAGUUGAGGACUGAAAUGAGGACUAAAAUGAGUUGAGGACCGAAAUAAGGACCGAAAUGAGGACUAAAAUGAGUUGAGGACUGAAAUGAGUUGAGGAUUUAAAUGAGUUGAGGACUGAAAUGAGGACUUAAAUGAGUUGAGGACUGAAAUGAGGACUAAAAUGAGUUGAGGACUGAAAUGAGGACUAAAAUGAGUUGAGGACUGAAAUGAGUUGAGGACUGAAAUGAGGACUAAAAUGAGUUGAGGACUGAAAUGAGGACUAAAAUGAGUUGAGGACCGAAAUAAGGACCGAAAUGAGGACUAAAAUGAGUUGAGGACUGAAAUGAGUUGAGGA